AUGAAUGGGAAAGUACAAGUAGUCAACCUGACCCCUUUUGUACACGCGUUCAUCCGACACAAGCUGAUGGGAAUAGCGUUCAGCCGCGAUGCCAGGGUGUUUCCAAGUGGAACCUCACACUGGUUUGCAUGUCCUAAUAACAGCUUACGCACUUUAAGCUCAUUCAUCCCCCUUACACCUACCCUUAGUCCUCCCACAAUGAAGUUCCUCAGCUGGAUGCAAAAUAAACUUGGUGGAAAACAAGACAACAGAAGACCAAAUACACAUACAACUAAUACAUCUCAUGCAAAACAAGAACCUAGAGAGGAAUUCAGCGAUUGGCCUCAUGGUUUACUAGCAAUUGGAACAUUUGGAAAUAACAGUGAAAUCAAAGAAAACUUAGAUGACCAAAAUACACAAGAGGAUCCAUCCUCAUCAGAGGAAAUAGUAGACUUCACUCCUGAAGAAAUUGGGAAUCUACAGAAGGUGUUAACCAAACUCCUGAGACGAAAACCAAAUGUGGAAAAGGAAAUUUCUGAGCUUCCUCUGGACAGAUUUCUUAACUGCCCUUCAAGCUUGGAGGUUGAUAGGAGAAUCAGUAAUGCGCUAUGCACUGAAUCAGAAGAUAAAGAAGAAGAUAUUGAGAAGACAUUGAGUGUGAUAAUCGAUAAAUGCAAAGACAUUUAUGCAGAUAGCAGAAAGAAAGCAAUUGGGAAGAAAUCCAUUUCUUUCCUUCUGAAGAAGAUAUUUGUUUGUAGAAGUGGAUUUGCCCCAACACCUAGCCUUAGAGAUACCCUUCAAGAGUCAAGAAUGGAGAAGCUUUUGAGGACAAUGCUUCACAAGAAAAUUUACACCCAAAACUCUUCUCGGGCAUCAAUGAUGAAGAAGUGCAUAGAGGACAAGAAGAUGACAAGGAAGACGAAUGAGGAUGAAUCAGAUGAGAGAAGUGGUGAUGGCAGUAAAUGGGUCAAGACUGAUUCUGAAUGUAAGUUGCAAUAUUGUGCUAGAGAUAUAAACCUGCUUCCUAUUUUUACUACCUCUAUUAGUAGCUGUUCAGAUGGAAGCAAAAGAUUGAAGUUAUUGGGGUGCAGUAGGAGAGUUGCGUUGGCGCUGGCAAUGCCAUUGGUGUGGUCAUGUUCAAAAGCAGUGAAAACAGUUGGGUGUGAGAAACUUCUUGUAUUGCUGAGAGAUGGUAGAAAGCUCAUGGGGACACUUCGCUCUUUUGAUCAAUUUGCUAAUGCAGUCCUUGAGGGUGCCUGUGAGAGGGUUAUUGUUGGUGAUCUGUAUUGUGAUAUCCCUUUGGGUCUCUAUGUGAUCCGUGGGGAAAAUGUUGUUCUAAUUGGUGAGCUGGACUUGGAGAGGGAGGAACUUCCUGAACACAUGACUCGUGUUUCUACAGCAGAAAUCAAGAGGGUAAAUAUUCCCAAAUUGUUUCUUCAUUUAAUUGAUGCAAUUGAUGUGUAUUUGUCAUGGUAUGGUAACACAAGUGUUGUGGGUUCAUUGGAAAUGCAAGUAUCUUAUGCGACGAAGGCAAUCGCAACUGCCUUACGUGUUGUAGGUUUAAACUGCGUCCUAAGCAUGCAUCCUUGUCAAGGGUGUUCUGAUGAGUUCCUAACGUUGAAUCCAGCUAGUAGGGGAGGAUGGUUGUGGCAAAAUAACUUGAUUGAGAUAAGCCCUUCCAUAUCCUUCUCUUCCAGGCCAUAUUCCUUGUCCUGGGCACAGAAAGCAGAAAGAGAGGCUUCAGAUCUGAAAGGAACUAUGAGGAAAAGAAUGGAAUUUCUUGACUUUGAUUAG